AGUUACCACCAUUAUCAGCGUGUUAACAGCUGUCUAUUUAGUCUAAAAUAUUUCUUAAUGUUCCAUGAUCUGUUGAUCGGUUUUUUGACUUCUUAGUUAGAGUUACAGUUUUGAAUCAGCAUCUUGUGCGUAUAUAAGAUUAUUAGAACGUAAGGAAAGUGUUUUAAAUAUCAUUGUGAGUUUAUGGCAGGACGAGUUUAAUUCGCACUGUUUAUGUUGUUGACCUCAAACGAAAUUCAAAUUUCCAAAACGCUGCACCUAACGUGAGAAUUAACAAGAAUUAUUUAGCACUAGUAGUAUUAUAACUGUACAGAAAACAAGAGAGAAGUUAAUAUGUUAAAAAAUGCCAAGUGCGAGACUUUAGAGUUUCAAGAUCUAUCAUGCAGCGAAGAAGAUUCUGAGGAUUAUGAAUAUGAUAACAAGAAGAUAGCUGAGCUCAUCAAGAGUGUGCCUCUUCUGAAAGAUUUAUUUAAAGUCCAUGGUAAAAUCGGAGAAGGCACCUUCAGUUCAGUUUUUCUAGCCACACUGAAAAGUUCUGAUGGUUUGAAAAAAUUUGCUGUGAAACAUUUAGUUCCUACAUGUCAUCCAGAUAGAAUCGAACAAGAAUUACAAUGUUUGCAGAAAAUUGGAGGUACGGAUCAUGUCGCAGGAUUGGAACUGUGUGUAAGAAGUGCUGGAUCCAUUAUAUUUGUAAUGCCAUACAUGAAACAUGAUAGAUUUUCGCAUUAUGUUCAUAAUAUGAGUGUUCAGGAAACUAAAGACUACAUGAGAGCUCUUUUAACGGCCUUAAAAAGAGUGCAUAAGUUCAAUAUCAUACACAGAGACAUUAAACCCAGUAACUUUUUAUAUGAUCGCAAAAGUAGAAGAUAUUUACUAGUUGAUUUUGGAUUAGCACAACAAUAUACGGAGGAGACAAAAUUGUCUAUCGAUAACAAGGCACAAGUUCUAAGCAAUUAUUCUGUCAAGAGAAAACGAUCAGAUGAGAACCGAGUGGAAAAAGUGCGAGAAAAUACAAAAAAGGCCGCAGAAACAAAAUGUGUGUGUUUCGGAAAAGCACGAAUUUGUUCAGUAUGUUUAAUAAAGCCGCCACAAGUGGCAUCACGUGCUGGCACACCAGGGUUCAGGGCACCCGAAGUACUACUGAAAUAUCCUUAUCAAACUCCAGCAAUUGACAUUUGGGCAAGUGGAGUAAUAAUGCUUUGCAUUCUGAGUGGUACUCAAUUAUUCUUUCGAUCACCGGAUGACUGCACAGCAUUAUCAGAGAUAACAUCAAUAUUUGGUUCGGCUAGAAUGCAGCAAUGUGCAAGAAAACUAGGUAGAAAAUUAGUAUUUAGUGAAAAUAUCCCAGGGAUUGACAUCGUGUCUCUCUGUCAAAAGUUACGAAACCGAAAUAAAGCAUGCCGAGCUAUCAAUGCACUUAAUGAUCUCAAUAAGAGAGCUUCAGAACAUUUGGUAUACCCAAUGACUGCAUAUGAUCUUCUGAUCAGAUUAUUGGAUCCAGAUUUUAAGACACGAGCAACUGCGGAACAAGCUCUAAAUCAUCCAUUUCUACAGACAUCUUGAUAUUUGUUAUAAACUAUACGUAAAUUUUCUAUGUAAAUAUAUUCUGGUCUUUUAUUCUUACAUAAAUAAUUUCAAUUCUUGGAAUCCACUGUGCUUGAUAAACAAAGUGAGUACACAUAAAAAUAACUGGAAUCAAUUUAUUAUAAGUUCGCGCA